AUGUCGACCGAGGACUACUCCAAGAUCCCCACGCCCGAGACGGCGUACUGCGACUUCUGCCUGAUCCCCGUCGGGACGGGCAGCGUCUCCGUCGCCAACGAGGUCGCCCAGGUCCAGCGCCUGCUGAAGGCUAGCGGGCUCAAGUACACGAUGCACUCGGCAGGCACGACCGUCGCUGACGAAAUGUCUCUUCCCAACCACCCAGAGGGAAGCUGGGAUGACGUCUUCCGCGUCAUCGGCCAGGCGCACUCCCUGGUCCACCAGAGCGGCGUCGUCAGGAUCCAGUCGUCGAUGCGCGUCGGUUCGAGGACGGACAAGAAGCAGACGGCCGAAGACAAGGUGAAGCGGGUCGAGGGCAUUCUGGCGUCGGACGAGUGA